AAAGGUAUCCCCGACACUCAUUUGUUUUGGCCGUGGUAUUCAGAGCUCUUUGAUCGAAACACAAUCAUUUCGAUAUCUGAUAGGGAAGGGGAAAAACCAUGCGGUCGAAAUCUUUAUGUUUAUAAUCAAGCAUGGCAGCGGGAUCUGUCACAAUUUGCUUGUUUUUGCAGGAUGAUGUGAAUCAUGUGAAUGAAAGGUGACAAAAAAGUGCAUUUAACGGAAUUUUUAAAUAUUUUUAAUUGAUAUCCUGAGUUCCCAACUAGGCUGUGACAAUAUAUAGUAUUAUUUAUUUUAGUCAAAUAAAAAGAAAAAUGUUAAAAAGUGUAGCAAAAUUCUGGGAAUAUGGUGGCGGAAAAAUAGCGUUAGCAGCGAUAUGUGCACACUCAGUAUCUAUUUCAAUAGGUAUAUGUCAAGGGUAUAGCGCAAUUCUCCUCCCACAACUUAAAGAAUCUGAAAAUUACAAAGAUUUAACACAAGACGAAACAUCAUGGAUAGCUAGUUUAGGAACUAUAACAAAUCCAAUAGGGUCAAUUUUGUCCGGUUUGAUGGCGGAAUAUAUCGGAAGGAAGCGUGCGAUCCAAAUUACAGCGUUGCCGUUAAUUUUAGGUUGGAUGUGUUUUGGAUUAGCCCAAAACGUUAAUUGGCUGUAUGCUGGAAGACUAGUCACGGGAAUUGCAGCAGGUAUGUCACCUGCUUGCUACACCUACGUCGGGGAAAUAUCUUCAUCGCAAAACCGAGGUUUUAUGCAAACCCUAGGUCCAAUCUGCGCAUCUUUGGGAAUUCUACUAACUUACACCCUAGGUUACCUCUUGCACUGGGCCACCGUAGCAUACAUAAGUAUAGGCUUCGCGAUCUUCUCAACAGUGGUCAUGCAAUUGGUUCCAGAAAGCCCUUCUUAUCUAUUGAAAAACGAUCGACAAGCAGAAGGAUUUACCAAUCUGCUUUGGUUUAGAGGCAAUAACGCUUUAGCUCAACAAGAGAUAGACAGAUUUUACAAAAACCAAAAGGAAGCGAAUGACAGGAACAUGAGCCUCAUGGAAAUGUAUUUCGGACCGCAAACAGUUAAACCGUUUCUCAUUUUAGUUGGGCUAUUUGCAUUACAAGAAUUCUCUGGUAUUUACACCCUCCUGUUCUACGCCGUUAACUUCUUUGAAGAUUCUGAUCUCAAUUUUAAUGAAUAUAUAGCUUCGAUAAUAGUAGGAGCUAUUAGGUUCUCAAUGUCUGUGGUAAUAGCUUAUUUAAUAAAUAUAUAUGGUAGAAAAAUUUUAUGUACAGCUUCUAGUAUAGGAAUGGCUGUUACUAUGUCUGCUGUAGCAAUCUAUGUAAAGUAUUACGAAAUUCACUCCGAUCAAGAAAAAAUUUUCACUUCUUUGCCGUUGAUAGGUAUAAUGUUGAAUGUAGCUUUUAGUAUGGUGGGAAUGUUACCAAUUCCUUGGGUCAUGGUUGGGGAAAUGUUUCCUUUAAAAGUAAGACCCAUCAUGUCCGGUGUAGUAGUCAGUAUAGCGCAAUUAUUAAUUUUUAUUUGCGUCAAGAUUUAUAACGAUAUGAACAACGUUCUUAAUUUUAGCGGAACUUUAUUUGUAUUUGUAGUAUCAUCAGUAUUAUCAGCCGUGUACUGCAUGACAAUUUUAACUGAGACUAAAAAUAAGACGUUAGAAGAAAUCGAAGCGCAUUUUAGAGGCAGCAUAAGAAUUUCAGAUAAAACUGCCGAGUUGCAUGUAGUUAAAAUUGACAAUAAAAGCCUUGAAAAUAAAGGCCUCGACAAUGUAGCCUUCAAUCAUUCUUCUGAAGAUAUUAAAAAUGUAAAAGACAGGACCGAUACGGUUAGUGUAAAGGUUGCCACUUAGUUCAAUUUUAUUUAAAUAUUAAAUAAGCAAUUUUGUGAUUCCUA